AUGAAUAGCCAGGUGCUAGAACAGAAGGUGAUCAAUGAGGAAUACAAAGUAUGGAAGAAAAAUGUGCCAUACUUAUACGACCUCAUGUUCUCCCACACUCUGCAGUGGCCAUCUCUUUCUGUCCAAUGGUUUCCUGAUGUGAGGAGAGAUGAGGAUAUUGGUAGAACAACACAAAGAUUGCUUCUGAGCACUCAUACAAGCGGGAGUGAAGACGAAUAUAUAAUGAUAGUCAAUGUUGAGUUUCCUGAUGAAUUUGAUGAGUCUCUGAAUGAGGAAGUGAACGGAGACAUGAGAUUGAAGAUUGUCCAAAGGAUUUCUGUUAUGGACGAAGCCAAUCGAGUCAGAUAUAAUCCAUCUGCAUGCAAUAUAUUGGCAGUACGUUCUGACAUUUCCGAUGUACAUAUCUAUGACUACACAAAGCACUUGUCCCAUGAGAAGAUCCCAAGGCCCGAUAUGGUCUUAAGAGGGCAUGAAAGUGGAGGAUUUGGAUUAUCAUGGAAUAAUCUGAGUCCUGGAGAAGUUGCUAGCUGUGGAGAGGAUGGGAAUGUAUGUGUAUUUGACAUAACACAGGAGUCCUCUUUGGUUUCACCCAUGGUGACACUGAGUCGGCACAAAGCAGCUGUUAACGAUUGUUCCUUUGGUUUUUUCGAUAAAGAGCUACUAUCAUCUGUUGGGGAUGAUGGGAUUCUAAUGUUCUGGGAUACGAGGACCGGAGAUUGCAUACACCUUGUUGAAGAGGCACACAGCUCCGAUGUUCUUUCUGUAAGCUUUUCCUCACUUGAUGGAAAUGUUGUUGCUACAUCAUCUGAAGACAAGUCUGUGAAGAUAUGGGACAGGAGAAACCUUUCCCAACCGUUUCAGGUUUUCCUGGGACAUUCAAAGGAUGUGCUGAAUGUGGAGUGGUCUCCUCAUGAUAGUGGGGUGCUUGCAUCUGGAAGUGCAGACCGAAGAGUGAUUGUAUGGGAUAUGAACCGGGUUGGAGAACCAGUAUCUGAGGAGUACAAGGCAGAAGGGCCUUCUGAAAUGAGGUUCUUACAUGGAGGCCAUACAAGUACUGUGUGUGACAUUUCCUGGAAUCCGGCUGAGCCCUUUGAGAUUGCUAGUGUCUCAGAAGAUAAUAUAUUACAGAUAUGGCAGAUGCCACAACCUGAAUGA